UUUUCAUCCAGUGAUCAUGCUACGGCGACCACUCGGAGUCCUGAGGCAGGCAUGUAUAUCGGCGGCGAUCGAGGCGGCGCCGCGCGUUUACUUCGGCACAAGAGUAUCAUCGGACCUUGUUGCCUUGCGCCUGACGGCCCAGCUACCGCCCCACAACGUGCUGAUUGUCGGCGAUGGCAACUUUUCGUACUCGAAAGCUCUCACGAACUCCUUUCAACGUGACGGCAUCCCGCCCUCGUCCAUCAUUGCCACGUCGCUGGACUCCCAUGAUGAUAUCGAAUACAUGUACCCUAGUGCGGCUGCAUCCUUAUCGUUCCUGAGAGCGGCCGGUGUGCGUGUGCUACACCAAGUGAAUGCAACGGCUCUGGCGAACUACAAGACUGCUUUCAAUGUCCACGCUGGAUUUGAUCGCAUUGUGUUCAACUUCCCCCAUUUUGCCGAUGGUGGAAACACUCGAAACAAGAUCAGCAAGCAUCGCGAGUUCUUGAAAGAGUUUUUCAUGAGCUGUCAGUCCGUCUUGGCUCCUGGUGGCCAAAUCUGGCUGUCGCUGUGCGAAGGCCAAGGCGGGACCCCUGCAGACACCCUUCAACGGAACGAAGGCGACACGUGGCAAGUCGUUUCAUGUGCUGCAGCGGGGGCAAUGCUUCUUCUCGAUGUGGUGCCAUUUCCUUACGCUGAACUCUCAUCGCUGGGCUAUAACAGUGUCGGUUACCGCUUGCAAGAUCGAGCAUUUCGCUCGGAAUUUGGGCUAAUCCACAUAUUUGGCCAAGAGUCCCCCAUCGCUGGCAAUCGUUCACGCUUUGCCCAGACAUGGAGUCGCCAUGUGAGUUUCUGGCGUGGUCCUCGAUACUCGCUUGAAGCUGUGGUUGCAGCAUUUCAAGGAGUCUUUGGGCCGGGGGUAGUCAUUGGGCUGAAGCAGCAAGACGAAUACCAUUGCAAAAAGACGAAUCGAACGUCUUUUAUGUUCAACGUGACGUUCGAGUCGCGAGUACACAAUUUCUCCCGGCACCGCUUGACUGACCUCAUUCAAGUUGUGGCACAGCGCUUGGCCGACGAGGACGUCGGGCAAGUUCGCUCAUGAAGAACAAAAUCGCACUUUGACUUGUUAUACGUUUAACCCACCGGCGUACAAAAUGAGGUUGCCAAUGUUGCCAACCAAGUGCAUGAUCAUGUGCCAUCGUGACGACACGUCCUUGUUUGGGGCUGCACGGGCUUGGGAGUAGCAGUAUACGGUCUUGACCACGAACGCGUAGUACAGAAUUUGGUGGGACCACGAUGCACACCACAGCGAUUGAUAAAGAUGGUACGCGAAGCCCAGUACGACGGCGGAAAUGUCCACGUUGCGUCGCCACCCACGGACGGGAUGCUGCCAAUAGUUGAGCGACGUGAAGAGUACGAGCAACGUCAUGGUGCAGCACAUCCACAAAUCGCACUGGGCGGCAGAGUACACCGAGAACGCUGUGAGCCAUGAUGAGCGGAAGAGGCGCGCGGAGUACUGCCGGGGCAAGACGAGCGCCGUCGUGCCGUUGCUGUUGCUGCCUCCUGCCAUCGGGUGCGAAAUGGGUCGAUCAGCUCGACGUUCCUGCG